AUGGCGCGGCGCUGAGGCGGCGCUGGGAGAGAUUGCCUCGCUAAACUUUGCUGCGGGUUGUGGGUUAGGGGUAGGCGCUUAAAGUUCCCUUCGGGAAAACAGUCGGGUUGCGGCCGGAGCAGCGGAGCGAGGAACCCGGUGCGGAGCGCUCCGGGAGGGGCUGCCCGUCGGAGGCUGUGGGCAGGCGGGGACCGGGCGCUUCUGCCGGGGAGGCGGCGGCAGCGGGAGAGGACACAGCCCGGAACUGCAUCUGGGGAGGGACAGCUUGGACUUCAGGAGUAAUUUCUUUAUACAAAGGGUGAUUCGGCUUUGGAACGAGCUGCCCGCCGUCCCUGGAGGUGUUUAAGGAAAGGCUGAUCUGCAAUGACUGCAAACGAAACUAGCUAGUUGCUUCAUUUUCUUAUGUCUCAAGCAUUAAAAGUGCCUGAAGAUGGAAUUUCGAAUUGAACACACCUGGGAUGGUUUGCCUGUAAGCCACGAGCCCGUUGCAAUUGGGCUGAGGCCGAAUAAUGCAGGACUGCUGAUGGAAGUUCGAGCUCCUUUCUUCAAUGACCCUCCAGCACCUCCCGGAGAGCCAGGGAAACCUUUUGGUGGGCUGUGGGACUAUGAGGUUGUAGAAGCAUUCUUUCUGAGUGACAGAACUGAGCAGUAUUUGGAAGUUGAGCUUUGUCCCCAUGGGCAGUACUUGCUGCUGCUGCUUUCUGGCAGAAGAAGAGCAUGGAAAGAAGAGCUUCCUUUGGAAUUUGAGGUGACCAGAAGGAAAACCGAAUGGGAGGGUAAAGCUCUUCUUCCUUGGAGUUAUUUUCCACCAUGCACUGGCAAGUUCAAUGCCUUUGCAAUUCAUGGCUCGGGAGACGAGAGAAAAUAUGAAGCACUUUAUCCUGUGCCUCCACACCAGCUGCAGGAAGGACAGGAACCAGAUUUUCAUCGUUUGGAAUUUUUCAAAGACUUGAACCUGAAAGAACUAACAGGAGAAGACUGGAAGCAGCCUGAAUCAGAUAUAUGGAAAUGUCUCACCAAGUGAAUGGAUUGAAGCAUAAAUUUUUAUAAUGUUGAAGUUGGCUGGAGCUGUGUGGAAACAACUUCCUCAUUCUGAGCAGAGGUUGUAGAUAACAGAUUAGCAAGGCUUUCCUUGGCACCAAAAUUAUGUAUCAGUCCGAAAAUCAACUGCAAAGCACGUGGAUCUGUUGAUUCUAAAUGUAUGAAUGGCUUGGAGUUUUUCAUCUGUGCAACAGAUGAAUUUUCUCCUAUCAAUGAAGGAAGAAUGUGCUGAAAUUGCAGCUGUGCUUUUGUGAGAGCUCUGAAGUGACAAGGCCAAUACCUGGAUUGAAUCUUUUGGUUUCCUAUAGUUGCUGCAUUUCUGCUGUGUUUUCACUGCUGCUCAUUUGUUUGUUGAUUGCUGAAGGAGAUCCUUAUAUGCCUAGAUUUUUUGCUUACAAUCAGGAGGAAGAAUGUAGCUAUCAUGGAUUUUGGAGGCUUAGUACUUGCCCUGCAAGAAGCAUAACGCUGCUCUUUCCUGUAUGUUCCUGUGCCUGAAGUUUUCCCUUGCUUAAUGCCAAAGGGGGAACUUAAUCUAUCUCACAGACCUCUCUGUGGAGUUCCUAAUGGUGUUUAGGUGCAGAGGAUAGAUUUACAAAAGGUUUUUUCUAUUUCAGAUGAAGUUUCUGGGACAAAUAAUGCUUAGUGAAAUCUUUUGAUAUAGUUAUGUGUAUGCAAAAGUGGGUUUUUUUCCUAAGACUUGUCACAUCACUUUAAGAAUUCAUCUCAGAUGUCUGAGAAUUUUUUUUGCAUGCCACUGAGGGCUGGAGAUACUCCAGGUGUAUAUUUUCUGUGUAUGGGCAUGAGUAAUUUUAACAAUAGUGAACGUUGUUAGGUGCCAACAUCUAAUCUGUAAACCCUCACAAGAUUUACAAAUCAUGUGUUCCUUUUUUUUGUCUAGCAUAGCAGUUGCUGCUUGACUGUGGCUGCUGAUUUAAUCUUAUAUAAGUUAUCUUAAAAAAUGUGAAGCUUGCUCAGUAUGCAGUAACAAACACAUUCUGAUGGUCCUAUUUUCUUUGCUGUCUUUCAGCUUCAUUCUAGCUGUAAGUUCUGCCUGAGAAGCAAAGAGGGUGGGAAUAUCCCACCUUUGUGAAGAGCAUCUCAGUCUGGUUAAUAUCUGAGAUAGCAUGUUAGUUCACAGUUUUUGCUAAGCUUUAGAUUCCCUCUUUGUACCUCCAGUUUUAUAGAACUGUGCUUUCAAAUUUGAAGAUACUGGUUUUUUUUUCCCCUGUGGCAGACUUUGGCAUGUCAGUGCACUCAGCUAUCCAACUGCUUUUGCUCUGUUUCAAUUAGACAAUAUAGGUUCCUUGCUGUAAAGUGGCAUCUGUUGAAAAUUGUAAGUAUUGUACCGCCAGUUGUUUGGCUUCUUUUCUACCUUCUAUCUAUGUACAGUUUUCUAAAGAAUUACAUCAGUCUGAAAUACUGAAUACCUCAAUAAAUGCUGAUAAAAGUAUCAUCUAGACAUUGACAUCUCAAAGCUUCUUAAAAAAUUUUAGUCAAAACCAAAAUGCUAUUGUGCAAAACUUUUGGACUUUAUUUUAAAAAGUUUGUCAAAAAAAUAUGUGCAAAGAUUAAAAAUAGGUGUACUGCUUUUCUCACAAAGGUUGUUUUCAUCUGAGGAAUGAUACUUUGUAUGUAAAGACAGUAAAUAAAAAUUUUUAUUUAUCUCUUGUUUAUUCCUACUUCAAACUGACUGAUUUGGAUUUGACUUUGGAUGUAAAUGAUGAACUUGGAGGGAAAUAGAUUAUUUUUCCCAAAUAAGUAAUUUAAAUUAAAAACAUUGUCUAGGUGCUCCAGGAAAUUGAAAUUAUUUUUGCACUCCCAGAGACCUUGUUCUUUUUGCUUCUUGCCACUAGGUGGGAGAAGAAGGUUGUCUAAACUGUGCCUUGGUGCUGCCAGCCUGUUAUCCUUAACCAGAUCCAUUCCUUCGUCCUGUAUCAUUGAUUUUAGAAAAGGAUAUUUCAGUCAAGCUGAUGGUGGCUUAUUUUGGUUUAUUUGAGACAUCUUUGUCGUAAGAAACAGCUGUCAUGCUGGGCAGUUACAGUUGUAAUGUUUGCUUUCCUGGAAGGCUAUUUUCAGAAAUAAUUUUUGAAAUAAAACCAACAGAAGAUAAAUUCCAUGAGGUGUCAGUCAAUCUGUAGUGUAAAAGUAGUUUUGUGGUGUUCAAAUUACUUCAGUGUUAUUCUGGAUUAAUUUUUUUGCAAAUGUCUUGGAUAGUCUCUGGCAGACUUUCCAAAAAGGCUGUUUUGAAUUCUGAAGGAAUUUAUUUCUUUUAAUACAGGCUGAUUUGUGAGAGGUGGUUCACCCCUUCAAGGUGGUUAGAACAACCUGCAGUGAAACAACGUGAAAACUGGUUUGAGGGGGACAGAAAAUUCUUUGUCUCAAUACAAAAAUGAAAAAAAAAAAUGUAAAGAAAACUUGAAUGGUAGCGUGUGCUACUGGUAGAAGUCAUUUGUACCUUAAAUACAAAGCUGGAGCAACUUAGGCUUUCAGGUAACACCUCAUAUUUCUUGUAGUGGUCCUGCGCAUUGGGGCUUUUUUUGGAUGCAAAAGCUCUUAACAGGAGUAAAAUUUUGCUUAUGUCUUUGUAUACUUUUAAAUAUUUUUUCUGGUAUGCCAGGUCAGAUAUUAGAGCUAGGAAGCUCAAAUUUAAUUCAGGACUAUAUACAUUUUGACUGUUAUGGCUGAUACAGCUACUGCAUUAUCUGUUCUAGUUACUAGAUACAUAAGUGAGUUAAUAUUUGUACUGCCCAGUACCAUUGAUGAUAAGUUAAUGCUGAAUGUGAUGUUGAGUACUAUACUGCUUGCAGUUCCUUUUUUCAAGGCUGUUUUGUGCCUCUGAGAGGCACAACACAAAACGUUUUGUUGUGUUUUAAAUUCUGACCAUGUAAAAAUCCUUUCGAAAUGUGAAUGGCACAGUGCAUAAUUUGCUGCAUGUAAAAUUUAAAAGUAUUCUUCCCUGGUACUAGGGCAAUCUCUAAAGUGGAAUUCAUUGCAUUUAAUUAUGGUACAUUUAGAAUAAUGGUGCUGAAAUUUGAUAGUUAACCUGCAUUUAUUUAGUUGGUGAUUCCCUUCUUUUUUCUUUUAUUGAGUGCUUUAGUUUGCUGCAGUGUCUCUGAGCAGUGCUUCAGCAAAAGUACAGGGAAGUGUGUUAAGCCUGAUUUAUUUGCACAGGUUGUAUAAACAGCUGUGUAUAAACAUAUAAACAGCCUCAGUGAGAUCAAUACAACACUCAUCAUAAACUGUUAGGCCUUUUUCCAUCUCCUUGUCUGUCUGUUGAAAUUGGUAUUGUCAGGAGAAUUCUGUUCUGUCCAAGCUUGUUUUCAUUAUUCUGUUUCUAAACAAGUAAAAGCCUUGGCUGCAGGGGGUCUUUGGGAGGCUUUCCAGGGAUGGAUCAGGAGGCACUGUUUGUAUCUGUGCUGGCUAUGAACAUACCAAAAUAUUUUCCUGUUUCAUUUUCAGAAAUUAUUCUGUAGACUCUCAUGAAGUAUGUGUGUAAAUACUGUCUGCCAGUUAUGUAGUGUAUUUGCAAAUACAAAUGUAUUUUUAAAUGUAGUAGACCAGAACUGACUAAAUCGUGUUAAAAUAGCUGAAGUAAACAUUACUGAAGUAAAACUAAAUUACUGUGUCCUCACUGUUGUUUUAAAACCAGCCUAGCCAGACUAGUCCAGUGGCUUUCUUGGACUGUGGUACAGAUUCUUGUCAGGGAAAAAGAAAGU